GAUAUAAACCCCAAAAACCCUAACACUUCACUCAGUUAGACACGAGCUUGUCUACUUGCUAGGGUUUCAUAUCCACAGGCUCUGUCUCUGCGUCCCAACAACGAUGGUGGCCGACAAAUCCAAGAAGUUGAAAGUUUCUGACAACAAUGAAGAAAUCGAUGGAGAACUUGUUCUCAACAUCGAAAAGUUGCAGGAAAUCCAAGACGAACUCGAAAAGAUCAAUGAGGAGGCGAGCGAUAAAGUGCUCGAAAUAGAGCAGAAGUACAAUGAGAUCCGGAAACCGGUGUAUGAUAAGCGCAAUGAUCUUAUCAAAUCAAUUCCUGAUUUCUGGUUAACUGCUUUUUUGAGCCAUCCUGCCCUUGGUGAUCUUUUGAAUGAAGAAGAUCAGAAGAUAUUUAAGUAUUUUAGUUCUCUUGAGGUUGAAGACCAUAAAGAUGUCAAAUCAGGCUAUUCAAUCACCUUUAAUUUCAAUCCCAAUCCCUAUUUUGAGGAUACAAAGCUUGUAAAGACUUUUACCUUCCUUGAAGAAGGAACAACAAAGGUUACUGCUACACCCAUAAAAUGGAAAGAGGGCAAGGAGAUUCCCAAUGGAGUUAGUCACGAGAAGAAAGGAAACAAGCGUGCUCCUACUGAUAUCAGUUUCUUUAGCUGGUUUAGCGACACUGAACAGAAAGAGGACUUGGACGACAUUCAUUGUGAGGUUGCAGAAAUAAUCAAGGAUGAUUUAUGGCCAAAUCCCCUUACUUAUUUCAACAAUGAGGAAGCAGAUGAAGAUGACGAUGAGGCUGGUGAUUUGGGAAAGGAUGAUGAUGACUCUGAAGAUGAUGAUGAUGAUGAUGAGGAUGAAGAUGAUGACGAGGAGGAAGAAUAGUGUAAAAUGCAUUAUCAUUAAGUUACUUGGUUUUUUUUUUUACUUUAAGGUUAUAGGAGUAUGUUAGUUGUCUUUAAGGGAUGACGAAGACGGUGAUCUAUUUAUAUUGUCAUUUAAAGUUAUGUCUGGUUUUAUCUCUAGUGCACUUUUUUGAGAUACUUGUGACAAUGGCUUUUUCCUUGGUCAUUUGAUGAACCACAUAGUUAAUUAAAAUGCAGUAUAUUUAGUGUAUA